AUGCGUCCCGAAGACAGGCUCGUCCACCGCGUCCUCCGCACCUUCGGCCGGCGUACGACGGCGGCUUUGCCCCCUCCACUCCCGGCGGUCUCGGAGAAGGCGCACCCGGUGCACGCCAUUCGAUACCCCUUGUACGACGACCUCAAGCUCCUCCAGGAAGACUCGCGCCGCGACGCGGAGCGCGGCCUCCGGACGCAGCGGCACCGCGCGCACUACCUCACGCUCGCGGCCAUCUCCGCGCUCGUCCUGUCGCUCUGCUUCCUCUUCGCGCGCGGGCGCGGCUUUAGCUCGUGCGGCGGCGGCGGCGCGCACGAAGACUACGCGGCGGAGGUGUGCCCGCAGACGGGCGCGAUCGCGCCAGUACGGCACGGCGCGCUCCUCGACGCGUUGGAGGCGGAGUACGCGAUGGACGCGUUCAGGCUGAAGGCGUACGAGUCGCUCGGGGGCGCGAUCCGGGUCCCGACGAUCGCGUACGACGACCUCAAGCCGCCGGGGCAGGACGAGCGGUGGGAGAUCUUUGGGGAGCUGCACGCGUACCUCGAGACGCGUUUCCCUCUGGUCCACGCCAACCUCCGCAAGACCCACGUCAACAAGUUCGCCCUGGUGUACCACUGGCAGGGUAGCGACGAAUCCCUGAAGCCCGCGUUGCUCACUGCCCACCAAGACGUCGUCCCUGUGGAGCCCACGACUUUGGACAAGUGGUUGCAGCCUCCUUUUUCCGGCCACUUUGAUGGUGAAUACAUCUGGGGUCGUGGUAGCUGCGACGAUAAGCCAGGGCUCGUUGGCACCCUAACGGCUGUGGAGGAACUGCUCCAGGCUGGAUUCAAGCCCACUCGCACCAUCGUCCUUGCGUAUGGUAUUGACGAAGAGCGUGGUGGUAUUUCCGGGGCCACUGCCAUUCGUGAUUAUCUGCUUUCGACCUACGGAGAAUAUGCGUUCUCUAUUCUGGUAGAUGAAGGAGGUGGUUAUUCCGUCACUGAUGACGUGAUCAUGUCUACCCCUGGUGUCGCUGAGAAGGGAAAAUUCGACGUUCGUUUCGAGAUAUCAGCGCCAGGAGGACACUCUAGCAUCCCUCCUGAACACACCAGCAUCGGCAUGCUCGCUGCCAUGAUCAAGCAGCUCGAAGACAACCCGCACGUUCCUUCGCUCAACCGGUCCGGCAUCUACUACCAACAGCUCCAAUGCCGCGCCGCGCACGACCCCGACCUGCCCUCGCACUUCCGCGCGCUCAUCCGGCGCUCCCACAAAUCGGACAAGGCCCUGCACGAGCUCGAAGCCUACCUCGCGGACACCGACCGGCUGUACGGCCCCCUCGCGGGCACCACGCAGGCCGUCGAUGUCGUCCGCGGCGGCGUGAAGACGAACGCGCUCCCGGAGCGCGCGGAAGUAAUCGUCAACCACCGACUGAGCAUCCACAGCUCGAUCGCAGAACUGCAGGCGCGCAUCGCGAGCGUCGCCGCGCCCGUCGCCGCGCGCUUCGGCCUCGCGCUCGACGCGUUCGGGCGCACAGUGAUCGCGGGCGCGGGCGAGGAGGCCGGCGCGAUGCGCAUCGAGGACGCGUGGGGGACCGCGCUGGAGCCCGCACCUUUGACGCCGAUGGGCGAGAGCGGGCCGUUCAGGCUGCUGUCGGGGACGAUCGUGGGGGUGCUGGGGGCGUCGAACCGGACGGGGUACGACAAGAAGACGUUCAUCGCGCCGUCGAUGUCGACGGGCAACACAGACACAAAGCAUUACUGGAAGCUCACGAAGCAUAUCUUCCGGUACGGGCACAUCAACAACGGAGACUCGUUCAACGGGGGUCACACCAUCAAUGAAGCUCUGCGCGGAGAAGGUUUUAUCGAGGCGAUUCGCUUCUUCACCUGGACCAUCCUUAACGUCGACGAGUCCCCUCUCUUGGAGUAG